UUUGAUUUCAGAAUACAGAUUUUAAGGAACCGGAGCGUGUUUUAUCAGAAGACGAAGUUGAAAAAAUGAAUUUAAGAUACUAUAAUUCUGCAAUUCAUAGAUCUUCAUUUGUUCUUCCAGAAUUUGCAAGGAAGGUGCUUGAAAAAUGAAGAAUGCAUAGUUUGUGCUGUUUACUGAUGAAAUUGAAAGAACUAAAUAGAGAAAUGUUUUGUGAUUGAGAAUUGUGUGUCGGUGUUAUUAGUGGAAAAGCAGGAGCAAUUAUCAUUGAAAAGAACUACUAAAUGGUGUUUGGUUUUUGGUCCAUUAGAGUUGACGUCGUUAUUAUAAACUUCCUAUUGCUGCAAUUUUAUUCCUAUUCCAGUUCAAUAUCAAAUAUUUUACAGAUAAUUGUUGUUUCAAUUUGUCCUACACAUGCUUAUGUUUGUCAUUUUUACUAGUUAUUUUUUGUGUCAAACUCUUCUUCAAUAGAAGAAUAUUUUGUUGGAAAUUUAUUCUUUCAGCCUUUUCAGGUUCAUGAACCUGGUCCCAUGGUCAUGCAAUACUAGAUACAACAGCUACUACUUCAGGUUAAAUCAUAUAACUGAAUUGUCUUUGUGCAUUGUUUACAGUCUAGGAAAUAAGUUUUAGUGUAUCUGAUGUUUUAUCUUCAAUUAGGCCUAGUUAUCUAGGUCGUGAGACAUUGAGCUAUAGUUGAUUCACUGGAUACAACAACAUGCUUCUGUCAAAGUUAUCUUCAUCCUUGUCUAGAGCUAAAAGUCUUCCUCUCAUUGUGCGAGGCAAACCCAUCAUAAGGCAACCUGUGCGAUAUGGAGGCCAUAAAAAAAUUCUCUAUACUUUCGUUUCCAAACAGAAUUCAAGGGACUUUAUAAAGCACAUGAAAUUCUACACAGCACUUGGCUUAGUUCCAUCACUUCUUUUAAUGUUUUACACUUCGUAUGUGGUUGGCGAAGCAGAACUUUAUGACUAUGACAUGGAUCAAUACGAACCAGAGUUCUAUGAAUUUUUUGCACAUCCAAUAACCAGGUUCCUAGCAAGAUACUGCAUGGAAGAUCCAAAAUUGUCUUACUACAAGGAUAUUUAUGCUAUCGAAUUGAAAACAUCAUGGACACGUCUGGGUAAAUUAUGUGACGCUGUAGAAGAAAUGGAGAGUAAUGCCCAAUUUCGUCGCUUGGCAAAUUAGCACUGGUAUAAUUGACAAUGCUAAGAACAAGAGAAAAUUAAGAGGAAUACAUUGAAGAACAUGGCAUAGAAACUGUUGGAAGAAGAGACUGAUUCUAUCUAAACUCGCAACAUAUUUUUGAUCCCUUGAAUCUCUUGUGUUUUUGUUUAUCGAAAAAUAUAUGAACAAUAACUGA